AUGGAUGACUUUGAUACAGGUCGGUUCGGUUUCUGUGUUCUCUUGUUGUCUUUGUGUGGUCUCGCUGGUGCUGUGAAGGGUGAAGACCAGCAUCUCCUUCCCAUCGUUGAUGACCGAUGGGGCAACAGUAAUGGCCUCCAGACCUUCAUCGUCAACGUUGAAGAGCCCGAAGCCGUGGAGCUGCUCAGCAGCCGGGAGCUGAAGCAGUGGCAUGAGUCCUUCCUGCCAAACGCCAUCCUCGACUCGGGCGAGCCGCGGCUUAUCUACUCGUACCGUCACGCCAUCAGUGGAUUCGCCGCCAAGCUGACGCCGGAAGAAGUGAGGGCCAUGGAAGCGAUGGAGGGGUUCGUGUACGCGCGGCCGGACACGACGAUGCGUAUCGAGACCACAUACACGCCUCAGUUCCUGGGGAUCAGCAAACCGGGAGGGGCAUGGGACAGUGGCAACAUGGGCGAAGGGGUUAUAAUUGGGGUGGUCGACACCGGGAUCGCGGCGGAUCACUAUUCAUUCAGUGACGACGGGAUGCCUCCUCCCCCGGCAAAGUUUAAGGGUUCAUGCAGACCUUUUAGCAAGGUCACCUGCAACAAUAAGAUUAUUGGGGCAAGAGGAUUUAAUUAUGGACCAGACACGGCCGUCGAUGACGACGGUCAUGGCACACAUGUGGCUAGCAUUGCGGCGGGGAACUUUUACGAUCGUGCCGAGGUCCUUGGCAUGGCGGCAGGCACGGCCUCCGGCAUGGCACCCAGAGCUCAUCUGUCCAUCUACAAGGUGUGCUACAGCAGCGGGUGCAUGGAUAGUGACAUACUAUCCGCCAUAGACCUAGCAAUCAAAGACGAAGUCGACAUAAUACAGAUGUCUAUCGGUGGAGACAGUACUUCACGAUUCAAUGAUGACGGGGUUGUGCAUGGCUCGCUUUCCGUGUUGCGCCGCGGUAUCUCCGCCGUCGCCAGUGCCGGGAGUUCGGCGCCAUCUGAUAGGGAGAAAUGCGCCACCACGAGACGCAAGAACUUAUGA